AUGAUCCGCGCCACUAUCGUCUUCGCCUGCUUGGCCGCCGUCGCCUUCUCCGCUCCAAUCCCAGAGGUUCCAGAGAACUACGAGGACAUCCCAGCCGAGUACAAGUCUCUUAUCCCAGCCGAGGUUGCCGAACACCUCAAGUCCAUCACCCCAGAAGAGAAGGCCAUCCUCAAGGACGUCGCCAAGGGAUACAAGGACUUCAAGAGCGAGGAUGACUUCUUGAACGCCCUCAAGGAAAAGUCUCCAGCUCUCCACGAGAAGGCCUCCAAGCUCCACCAAAUCGUCAAGGACAAGGUCAACUCUCUCAACGAUGAGGCUAAGGCUUUCGUCAAGAAGGCUAUCGCUGAAGGACGCAAGAUCCACGCUCAAUACUUGGCUGGAGAGAAGCCAUCCCUCGACACCCUCAAGGCCACCGCCAAGACCCACAUCGAAGCCUACAAGGGACUCUCCCAGGAUGCCAAGGACUCCAUCUCAAAGGAAUUCCCAAUCCUCACCGGAUUCUUCAAGAACGAGAAGGUUCAAGCCAUGGUUGGACAAUACAUCAACUAG